UUUGCCGCGUUCGGUUGUGUUAAGUGCAUCGCGAGUGAUGUCGCAGCAUGAUUGGUGUGCGUACCUUGUUGUGGUGUUUGUGCCUCGGCGCCCUCGCUGCUUACGCCAGCGCCGCCCGCGCCCAUCGCCUUCACCACGUUGUUCCUGCACGACAUAAACAUUCGGAAUUCGUUAAGGGCAAAAUAUGUAUCGGCACAAAUGGUCGGAUGUCAGUACCCUCGAAUCGCGACACUCACUACAGAAACCUGCGAGACAGAUUCACGAACUGUACUUACGUUGACGGCAACCUUGAACUUACGUGGUUGGAAAAUGAAACAAUGGAUUUGUCUUUUCUCCAACACAUACGAGAAGUUACCGGCUAUGUGCUUAUAUCAUAUGUUAAGGUGGCACACAUUAUUUUGCCACAACUGCAAAUUAUUAGAGGAAGAACACUUUUCAAAUUGAAUGUAAGAGACGAGGAAUUUGCGCUUUUGGUAACGAUGUCUUCAGCUUUCACACUUGAACUUCCAGCUCUAAGAGACGUUCUAAGGGGCAGUGUUGGAAUUUAUAAUAACUACAACUUAUGCCACGUUAAAACCAUAAAUUGGGAUGAAAUUAUUACAGGAGUAAAUGCCUCAUAUGUAUUUGUUUAUAAAUUUAAAGUUCCAGAGAGGGAAUGUCCACCAUGCCACCCUAGUUGCGAGUUGGGUUGCUGGGGAGAUGGCCCUCACAACUGUCAAAAAUUUUCUAAAAUAAACUGCAGUCCUCAAUGCGAUCAAGGUAGAUGUUUUGGCCCGAAUCCUCGAGAUUGCUGUAAUACUUUCUGUGCCGGCGGUUGUACCGGUCCUUUACCCAGCCAGUGUCUUGCCUGCAGAAAUUUCUACGAUGAAGGAACGUGCUCUCAAGAAUGUCCACAGAUGCAAAAGUACAAUCCUACAACAUAUUCUUGGGAACCAAACCCUAACGGAAAAUACGCUUAUGGUGCUACAUGCGUAAGGAACUGCCCAGAGCACCUUUUGAAAGAUAAUGGUGCAUGCGUUAGAAGUUGCCCGCCGAACAAAACAGCAGUUAACGGCGAAUGUAUUCCUUGCAAUGUAACUUGCCCGAAGACUUGUCGUGCUGAGAGACCGAUACAUUCAGGAAAUAUAGAAAGUUUUAAAGACUGUACCAUUAUAGACGGUUCUAUAGAAAUUCUAGAAAUGACAUUUACUGGUUUCCAGCAUGUUAAUCCGGAUUAUUCAUUUGGAGAACGAUAUGCGAAAAUGGAACCCGAUGCGUUAGAGAUUUUCAGCACAGUACGGGAAGUGACAGGAUAUCUGAAUGUACAAGCGCAUCAUCCAAAUUUCACCAGCCUCUCCUAUUUUAGAAAUUUAGAAGUGAUUGGAGGUCGGCAAGUAGUAGAAAAUCUAUUUGCAUCUCUAUAUAUUGUUAAGACUUCUUUGAAAUCACUUGGAUUGAAGUCAUUAAAAAAAGUAAAUUCGGGAGCAAUUGCUAUAAUGGAAAAUAGGCACUUAUGUUUUGCUGAUAAAAUUGCUUGGAACAAGUUGGUGAAAUCAAAAGACCACAAGCAAAUAAUUCAGAAAAAUGGAGACACUCAGAACUGUGAAAAAGCAAACAUGGUUUGUGACCCACAAUGUUCUUCGGAUGGUUGCUGGGGGCCAGGGCCUGACCAAUGUCUUUCCUGUGAAAACUACAAAUUUGGCGAUAUCUGUAUCCAAAACUGCAGUGUUCAUCCUGGGCUUUACCAAUCGGGUACAAAAAUUUGCAAGCAGUGUCAUUCUGAAUGCCUUGAUGGAUGCUCAGGUCCCAGUCGUGCCAACUGCUCAAAAUGUAAACACGUACGCGAUGGACCAUACUGUGUAGCAGAAUGUCCAGACUCGAGAUACCCAUCAGAAAAUGGCACUUGCCAACCCUGUCAUGGUAACUGUUUUAAUGGGUGUACAGGACCAGAAAACACCGUCGGAAUUGGUGGUUGCAAUUCAUGCAAAAAAGCUAUCAUCAGCGUGGAAGCUACAGUCGAAAGCUGUCUUAAAGAAAAUGAACCAUGUCCCGACGGUUACUAUAACGAAUGGGUUGGAAAUGUAAUACUAUUAGAAGGGAAAGUUAAAGUAGUGUGCCGAAAAUGUCAUCCAUUGUGCAGGAAAUGCACAGGUUUUGGAAUACACGAACAAGUUUGCCAAGUUUGUAAUGGUUUUAAACGUGGGGAUCAAUGUGAAGAUGAAUGCCCUCCGGAUCAUUUCACUGACGAAGUAGACAGAAUUUGUUCACCCUGUCACCCAGAAUGCCGUGGUUGCACCGGACUUACAUCGACAGAUUGCAUAAAAUGUGAUAAUCUAAAAAUAUUCUUAACUGACAUUAAUACUGGACCGUUUAAUUGCACUGCUACAUGUCCCGAAGACAUUCCACAUAAAAUUUAUUUCGACGAACUGCACCAAAACCCCAUUGAAGAGCCAUACUGUUCAGCGCUAGCAAACGGCCCGCCAGCGAUGUCAACCGCGAAAAUUCCAACCGUUUUAGUAAUAAUAUUAGUUUUGGCAUUUAUUCUUUUAGUAAUCCUAGCCAUUAUAGGAUAUACAUGUCGACAGAAAGCAAAAGCAAAAAAAGAAGCGGUAAAAAUGACUAUGGUUUUGACAGGCUGUGAAGAUAACGAACCUCUUCGACCAACUAAUGUGAAACCAAACCUUGCAAAACUAAGAAUAGUUAAAGAAGCGGAAUUGCGACGAGGUGGUAUGCUGGGAUUCGGUGCCUUUGGAAAAGUCUAUAAAGGUGUCUGGGUUCCAGAAGGUGAAAAUGUAAAAAUUCCAGUCGCGAUAAAAAUCUUAAAGGAAGGAACAGGAGCAAACACAAGUAAAGAGUUUUUGGAAGAAGCAUACAUAAUGGCUAGUGUUGAACAUCCCAACUUACUGCAAUUACUAGCGGUGUGUAUGACAAACCAAAUGAUGCUCAUUACACAGUUAAUGCCUUUAGGAUGCUUAUUGGAUUACGUACGAACACAUAAAGAAAAAAUUGGAUCGAAAGCCUUCUUGAAUUGGUGCACCCAAAUAGCUCGUGGAAUGGCUUACUUAGAAGAAAAGCGGCUGGUUCAUAGAGAUCUUGCGGCACGAAAUGUCUUAGUGCAAACACCAAACUGUGUAAAAAUAACAGAUUUUGGAUUAGCUAAAUUACUAGACAUUAAUGAAGACGAGUAUAAAGCUGCGGGUGGUAAGAUGCCUAUUAAAUGGUUAGCAUUAGAAUGCGUACAGCACAGAAUUUUCACACAUAAAAGUGACGUGUGGGCUUUUGGUGUUACUAUAUGGGAAAUUCUAAGCUAUGGUGCAAGACCCUAUGCCAAUAUAUCAGCCCGAAAUGUACCUGAACUAAUUGAAAAUGGGUUAAAACUUCCUCAACCAGCAAUCUGCACUCUUGACAUCUACUGUGUUAUGGUAUCAUGCUGGAUGUUGGAUGCUGAUAGCCGUCCCACUUUUAAACAAUUGGCAGACACAUUCGCCGAUAUGGCUAGGGAUCCUGGACGGUACCUUGUCAUUCCCGGUGACAAGUUUAUGCGUCUACCAUCAUAUUCUACCCAGGACGAGAAAGAAUUAAUAAAGAACCUUUCAUCAGCAAUGGACGGACCAGAGCCUCUGGUAGAAGCCGAUGAAUACUUACAACCAAAGUUUAAAAAUUUGCCAUGCACCACUACAACUGCUUCUGUUGUUACGGCUGGUGUAGAAACUCAUACAGGAUCCUUAAAACCAGGUGCCUCGACAUCAUGGACAAAUAAUGGGCCCAGAAUAGAAGGUGCGACUAAUGACAGUGCCAACAAACCUGAAACUUGGGACCAAGAUUUAUUAAGAUAUAACAACACAAACAGUAAAUCAGAUGAUUCGGAUACUCGUCAUUAUUAUAAUAACGGAGUUUGUGCUUCUGAGAGCUCUAGUUCCAGAUAUUGUAGUGAUCCCAUGAAAUCUAGACCUGACGAAGAAAACAAAUUCGACAGUAUGUCGAAAAUAAAAGAGGCACAAGUUGGAAAUCUAAAGCUUAAUUUGCCACUUGACGAGGAUGAUUAUUUAAUGCCAUCUCCGCAACACACUCAAAACGCUUCCACCUACAUGGACUUAAUAGGCGAAAGUGCGGAAGGACAGGAUAUAAAGGAUUUGUGUUAUGGUGGUUUUGUGCCAUCAAAGAGAUGUGUGGACAAUCCGGAAUAUUUAAUGUCAGACCAAAGUGUUCCAGCACAGACUAUUGGAAUACCCACGGAAUCUUUGCCUCUAGAGUGUACAAGCGAGUGUAGUGGCAGUGAUUCAACACCGCAGCCUACCACUAGCAAAUAUCAACCCCAAAGAUCUGUCGAAGAAGAGUCAAUGUCCGAUCACGAAUACUAUAAUGACUUGCAACGGGAGCUCCAACCAUUGCGCCGUAAUGAAACAACUGUAUAAAGCGUAGAAUUAUUUAUAAAAUUUAGGUUUUACUUUUUAAUAGAGUGAUCUCUUACAAAUAUAUCUACUUAAUGCGUGCAAGCGCACAGCGUGCCAUUUAUCAAUGGCUAGUGUUAAUUGUUGAAUUUUAUGAAAUUUUUAUUUUUAUAUUAGUAGUAUGUUAUAUCGCCACAAUAUGAUAGUAAUAAAUGAACAUAGAAUAUCACAAGUAAAACGACUUUUUUCGUUUUAUCGUGGUGGGAAUUAAUAACAAUCAAGAAGAUGAAAUGAUCAGCUACCGCCAAUCUUCUUCACGGCUAUGGUGCAAGACAAAUUACGAAUUUGACGGAUAUAAUCACAUCAUUUUGUGAUCAAAAUAAACUAGUAUAAAUAAAAGAAGCGUACUUUGCAAGUCAUUAUUACGAAACUAUUUUCCUAUGUGAUGAAAGUGCUACGAGAUGCGGAUAAAUAUGGAAGUUCAUCAUAAUGUUGAGCUAAAACCGAACAGCGGUGUUAAUCAUCCACAAAUGAACAACACAAUAUGGAUCAGAAUGUUAAUCCUACCCCAUUUAUGUUAAUGGGUAUCUGUUAUUAAUUACCGCAAAAUACAGCAUAGAAAUGUACCGCUGAAUAGAGUUACGCCGGAGAUACAUACAGCAUCAAGUUGAAAUUGUAUUUAAUACACAAACGUUUUGUUAUUGCCGCCAAGAACCUCCGUGACAAGAGACGAAUUCACUACAUCUUUACCCAAAAUGUACAAACAUAAGUCAGACAGUGGUUUACCAGUAAGCAAAUUUAUAAAACAUUAUUAAAGAUGAGUAAACCCCGGAACAAAUGGCGCCAGUUCAAAUUAUGGAAUAAAUCUACACAAAAAUAACGUUUGGAGAUAAGAUAUACUUUGGCAGCGAUAAUCCAUGAAUUGUUUGAUGCGUUUACCAUCCUAUUUCGCUUAGGUUACAUUUUGUAUUGGGAAUUUGAGAUGCUUAAAUAGUGUAUAUCCACACUCAUAUCAAUUUCAUAUUUAAAGGACGCAAAACAAUUCAUGAAACUGCAAAUUAUAAUAAUUAGCAUUCAUGUGCUGUUACAAAAAACUCAACUUUAUCUAAUAAACGAAGUUAUUGCAUCUAAAAGGUCUAGAAUCCAGGGGAAUCAAACUCUGACGAUAUAAGUUGGAUAAAACAAGUGUGAUUAUUAUCACAAGAACGAUGUGAUUCUGUUAUUUUGAGGGAUAAAGUUCUUCUAUGUAGAAGACUUCAAAUACUAACUGCAAUACUGGUUUCGAAUAAAUCGCGAAACAAGAAGGUACAACGACAUUACAUCUAUAUUGAAGAGACCAAUCAAAGUGCCAUACAAUAACAUCAAAGGACUCUAAUAUAUGCAUGGAUUAUUAGGUGUGAGCAAAGCGAUUAAAAAAGUGUGUUUUACAAACAAUACGUCACCUAAGUUAUUGGAAAUACACAUGUUGUGACCUUAAAAUUGUUAAGUUGUAAGAAUAUUGAAUGAACAUGUAAUUCUUCAUAACCGAAACGAUACUUUCAAUCGCCCUUGGGUUAAAAAACCGAGUGAAAAAGGGACGUGAUUAGAUAGGCCUGAUUAAUAAUUCGUCAAGUCUUACCUAUUUAACUUAACCGAGAAUAAAUCUUUGUUGUUAACUGUUAUGAACUGUAAUUUGUAGAUAAAUAAUUUUAUUAGGUAUGCUAAUAGGAAACAAAACAAUAUUAUUUAUUAAUAAUAGGUUAAGAAAGGCUAUGUUUAUGUUUCAAAGUAUAGGUUUAAGCAAAAAUAUUUUAAUAAAAGCUGUGAUAAUUAGAUUAAUAUUUAGUGUAAAUUUGUUACUUAAGUCAUGGAAUCGGUUUGCGGUGAAGAUUGCCAUUAAAGACAAUGUAAUUCAAAUUAAUAUUAUUAUUGUUAUUUGAUAUUUUCAUUACUAAACAAUAAAGUUUAGAUUACAAUGCAAUUAUUAUGAUUAAAAUAUGGUGAUUGUAGAUAAGUUAAUCAAGUAAUUUCAUUCAAUAAGUGUUUUGUCAUAGAAAUAGUGUAUUGCUUCGUGAAUUGCUAAUGAAUUUGUAUCUUAAUUCUGAGCUACACGAUCAGCAGUCGUGCUAGGCAAUGCGAUUUUAUGACGUCUUGGUGCAGCUUCGUUUUGGCCGCUUUUUUUUAAUCACCAUUUAUCAUAUGCACUUUGUAAUCAACAAUGUUUAUUGUUUACAUGCCAAGCUUGCACAAAAUUUUAUGAAAAUGUAUACCUAGAUAUAAAAUUGUACGCAGGUACCGUGCCACUGUUAUAUAUUACAUGUUUUAAAUUUAGAAUCCUGGUAGCUCUUAAGUUUGUAAAUAUGUUUAUAGCACAAGAAAUAAAGAUUUUAUACAGAGAAUUUUAAAAUAUGUAUUUAUGGCUGAAUAUAAAUAACAUUGCGAUAAGAAUUGAUGAGCAUUGUCUACAGCACAAACUAAGCUCACAAUAUAUUUUAUUAGCUAUUUAUAAGGUAUUAAACCAAACCUCGAUUGCCAUGUAACUUGUAGAUAUAGGUUGUAAAAAUAUAUUAUGAAAUAAAAAUAAUUCGUGACUGAACCCUAGAGUCACAAAUAAAUCCCAUUUAAAUAUGUAAAUUAAAUGUGCCAUUAUGUUCACAUAGAUUUAUAUAAUAUUUCUGUGUUCAAAAAUAUGCAAGUUUGCCUACUUCACAGCAAUUCUAGAGAAUGAAAUUGAUUUCAGUUACAGAUAAAACAAUAGUUUACAUGGCCGAUUCAUAAAUGUAUUUUAAAACGUGGAUACUGUAUACCUUAAUAAAUAAU